AUGGUAAUUAGCCUCAGACAGCAGAAGCAACCCUGCGCCCCGACGGUUGUGAAAGGCGGCAGGCCUGGGGAAAGCGCGUACUUUAUCGGCGUGAACCGCAACAAGAAAUCAGUCGGUCUCUCGUUCCAGCACCCCGAGGGCAUCAAGAUCUUGCAUGAGUUGGCCAAGACAUCCGAUGUGUUGGUGGAAAACUAUAUUCCUGGAGCGUUGAAAAAGUACCAACUAGACUACGAAUCAGUACGGAAGAUUAACCCUCGUCUAAUCUAUGCCUCCAUAACCGGCUACGGCCAGUAUGGCCCCUACAGUCCCCGAGCCGGCUACGACGUCAUGGUCGAGGCCGAAAUGGGGCUCAUGCACAUUACAGGCGAACGAAACGGGUCUCCUGUAAAAGUGGGUGUUGCGGUGACAGACCUCACAACGGGCCUGUAUACCUGCAACGCGAUUAUGGCAUCUCUGUUGGCUAGACAGAGGACGAACCAGGGACAGCAUCUCGACGUGUCGCUGGCGGACUGCCAGGUCGCGACACUGGCAAAUAUCGCCAGCUCGGUGCUGAUAUCCGGAGAACGGGAUGGCGGACGAUGGGGCACGGCACACCCCAGCAUCGUUCCUUAUAAGGGGUUCAAGACGCUGGACGGCGACAUCAUGCUGGGCGGCGGCAACGACCGACUUUUUGGGAUCAUAUGCGACAAGCUGGAGCGGCCAGAGUGGAAGAGCGACGCGCGUUUCGUCACCAACGACGUUCGUGUCCAGAACCGCGACCUGCUUGAGGACAUGAUCGAGCAGAUCACAAGGACCAAGACCACGAAGCAGUGGCUGGCGAUCCUUGAGGGCAGCGGCAUGCCCUACGCCGCCAUCAACGACGUCAAGGACACCCUCGACCACGAGCACGUCCGUGCCCGCAACAUGAUCACCGAGCUCGACCACGCCGCCUGCGGCACCAUCAAGGUCGUCAGCCACCCAGUCAAGUACUCUGAGAGCGCUGCGGGCGUAAGGAGCGCGCCGCCCACGCUGGGCGAACACACCGACGUGGUUUUGAGGGACCUGCUCCAGAUGGAGGACAAGGAGAUUGCAUCGCUACGGCAGUCUGGCGUUGUGGCAUAA